AACGGUUGUGUGUUAUUUUAUUUUGGCUUUACUUUAGACUAUACGAAUACUACUAGGACAGGAUUCCUCGCGUUUCCGUCCUUCACUCGCUCGCUCGCUCGCUCAAUGUCACGGGCUUUCCGGUAACGGCUGCUUUUUUUUGGGGAGUCCUUGCGGCUCUCUGUCUCUCUCGCUCUGACGCUCUUACUUUGAUUUACCAUUCACCACACGAAACACGGAAAUAUGUCAAGAGAGAACCGCGCGUUUGAUACCGAGGCGUUUGGGGCUGGGUAUGGCUUUGAGUCGUUUCCGACGAGGGCGGUGGAAAUGCCGCCGACGUGGGUGCUGGGCGUAGGCUUGGGCUUCUUGCUGUGUGCGCUGGGGUUCUGGGCCUACGUAGCGCUGACUCUGGUUGCGCCUGUACCGCGCCCCCCUCGCCGCUCGGAGAAGCAAUACAUUACGAUUCUGCCCGAUGGCGCGCGAAGCGGUCCCCAGGAAUUGCCGUGUUGGCUGGACAAAUGGGCCGCAGAGAAGGAGGCGGCUAAGCAACGCGCGGCAAAAGAGCCAGGGAGCAAGGUGGUGGUGCCGCCGCAGAUGCCAAUUGAAGAGGCAGAGCUCUUCAUCAGCGUCGUGGUGCCCGCGUACAACGAAGAAGACCGGCUGGAAGGCAUGCUCGAGGAAGCCGUCGAAUACCUGCAAUCCAAGUACGGCGACGCGCACGCGGGGGAGAAGGGCGGCACGAGCGAAAAGGGGUGGGAGAUUCUGAUUGUGAAUGAUGGCAGUUCGGACAAGACGGUGGACAAGGCGCUGGAUUUUGCAAAAGAGCACCAGCUCAGUCUGCAUCCCAAGGCGAAGCCCGGCCCAUGGUCGACGGACAAGACACCGCAUUCAACGCAUAUCCCCCACGGCAGCAUCCGCGUCAUCAGCCUGGAGCAGAACAGAGGCAAAGGCGGCGCCGUGACCCACGGCAUGCGGCACGUCCGUGGGCGCUACAUUGUCUUCGCCGACGCCGACGGCGCCAGCCGCUUCUCGGACCUCGGAGCUCUCGUCCAAGGCUGCCAGAGCAUCGAAGACAAGCACGGCCGCGGCGUGGCCAUCGGGUCUCGCGCGCACCUGGUCGGCAGCGCCGCCGUCGUCCAGCGAUCGCGCCUCCGAAACUUCCUCAUGCACUCGUUCCACCUCCUCCUCCGCAUCAUGACCCCGCCCGCCACCGCACGCAUCAAAGAUACCCAGUGCGGCUUCAAACUCUUCUCCCGCCCAUCCCUCCCCUACAUCGUCCCCUACAUGCACUCCGAAGGCUGGAUCUUCGACGUCGAAAUGCUCAUGCUGGCUGAAAGCGCGCACAUCGCUAUGAUCGAGGUCGCUAUUGGCUGGAAGGAAGUCAUGGGUAGCAAACUCAAUGUCGUAUGGGAUAGCCUUGGUAUGGCUUGGGGUCUCGCCCUGCUGAGGGCCUGCUGGAUAGCCGGCAUUUAUCGCAGAGAUUAG